AUGUCUUCUACACAGGCAUCCACAUCUGCUUCGGCGCUCAACUCCAGCUUCCUUCGCCGACACCCCGCCAGCUUGAUACCCAAGCUAGCCCACAAUCCCGCCAUCACCGACCUCAUCAAGAGCCCAGUGACGCGCGAGAUGGUUGUCUACCUGGCCAACCAGGCCGCUCACGUCAUCCAGUGCGGCUCGACACAAUCACCCGACACACCACCGGCGACACCAACACGAUCCAUCGCCUCGGCGGAAGCGGAUCCUGCCGGCAAGCUCGAGAUCAACGGUCUGCCCAGCCUGGAGACCUUCAUUGCUCUCCUUGUCGAGCGAUCCAACGUUCAGGUUCCUACCCUCCUCUGCACCCUCGUCUACCUGGAGCGCCUCAGGUCAAGACUUCCACGCGUUGCCAAGGGCAUGCACUGCACCCGUCAUCGUGUGUUCCUCGCCACCCUGAUCGUCGCCGCCAAGUACCUCAACGACUCUUCGCCCAAGAACAAGCACUGGACCAAGUACGGCGCUCUCUUCUCUCAGGCCGAGGUCAACCUCAUGGAGAAGCAGCUCCUCUACCUCCUCGACUACGAUCUCCGCAUCGAGGAGCACGAGCUUAUGGUCCACUUUGCCCCCUUCUUCCGUCGUGUCGAGACCCGUGCCGAGGCCGGUCGUCGCGAGAUGCACCUUCGUGGUCUCGAGUGCGGUCGCGAGCGCGAGCGCUACGUCCGCGCAAGCGAGCGUCGCGUCCACCUCCGCAACCUUCCCGCCUCCGAGGUGCCGUGCUGGAACCAGAAGAGCGAGUCGAGCCGAUACGAGCAACACCGCCGCUCCGAGGCAUACGACUCGCCCGACUCGCUCGAUGCCUCGCCCAAGGAAGUGUACAGCCACUCGUCUUCGUCCCUCAUGAGCCGACAAGACUCUGUCGAGUCCACGAUCAGCUCGACGUCAUCCGAAGCUGAGCUCACCGACGAUAACGGCUCGUCUUCGUCGUCGGCUGAAGACUACGACGAUUACGAGGAUGACUACCUCGAGCAGGAGGGUCUCGACGCACGCAUGCAACAGCACUCUGUUUCCGGCAUGUCAUCGAGCCAGUCCCAGCCGGUCAUGGUUGCCCACGGCGAUGACCUCGACGGUCACAAGUCGGGUUCCACCAUGCAGCGCUACCUCUCGCAGGCUCUGCCAUCGAGUCUCAAGAAGAGUACCUCAUCGCACAUGGACAUGCAGCAACCAAGUCAAGCCCACAUCCCCCUUUCACACUCGAUGCGCAGCGUGCGCAGCAGCUCAAAUCUCUUGUCACGAAUGCUCGGUGGACACCAGUCUUCCGCUGCAUACUAG